AUGCACUCCGUCUCCAUCUCCGCCUCGGCCUCCGCCUCGGCGAUCGCCAGCGGAGGCGCCAGAUCCAAGGCGGCGGCGGGGCGCCGGCCCGGCGAGAUCCGGUUCUGCGGGCUCCGGGGAGAUGCUCUCGCGUGCGGCUCGCUGCGGGCCUCACACGCCGCGGCGGCCACCAGGCGCGCGGUGCUGAGGGCGGCUGCGUCGGCGAACGGCGCGGCGGGGAGCGGCGACGGGUUCGAUUACGACCUCGUAAUCAUCGGAGCCGGCGUUGGUGGUCACGGUGCCGCGCUCCACGCCGUGGAGGAGGGGUUGAAAACCGCCAUUAUCGAGGGAGACGUUGUGGGUGGGACCUGUGUGAACAGAGGCUGUGUUCCGUCCAAAGCACUUCUUGCUGUCAGUGGUCGGAUGAGAGAGCUUCAUGAUGAACAUCACAUGAAGUCCCUGGGUCUGCAGGUUUCUUCAACUGGAUAUGACAGACAAGCUGUUGCCGAUCAUGCAAAUAAUCUUGCCUCCAAAAUCCGAAGCAACUUGACUAAUUCAAUGAAGGCUAUGGGAGUGGAUAUAUUAACUGGAUUUGGCAAAAUUGUGGGAAAGCAAAAGGUACGAUAUGGAAAAGUAGGUUUUCCAGAAAAAGAAAUCACUGCAAAGAACAUCAUCAUUGCCACUGGAUCAGUUCCUUUUGUUCCCAAGGGCAUAGAAAUUGACGGCAAGACUGUAUUUACUAGUGAUCAUGCAUUAAAACUUGAAUCAGUUCCGGACUGGAUAGCUAUUGUUGGAAGUGGUUAUAUUGGACUUGAAUUCAGCGAUGUGUACACAGCUCUAGGAAGCGAGGUUACCUUUGUUGAAGCUCUUGACCAGCUGAUGCCUGGUUUUGAUCCUGAAAUCGCAAAAUUGGCUCAGAGAGUCCUUAUCAAUCCAAGGAAAAUUGACUAUCACACUGGUGUUUUUGCAAGCAAGAUUACUCCGGCAAAGGAUGGAAAGCCUGUGUUGAUUGAACUCAUUGAUGCCAAAACGAAGGAACACAAAGAAACCCUUGAGGUGGAUGCAGCCCUUAUAGCCACUGGAAGAGCACCAUUCACCAACGGACUUGGCUUGGAAAAUAUUAAUGUUGUUACACAGCGUGGUUUUAUUCCUGUUGAUGAGCGGAUGCAAGUCACGGAUGCUGAUGGCAAUGUGGUGCCGAAUUUAUUUUGCAUUGGAGAUGCGAAUGGUAAACUCAUGCUUGCCCAUGCUGCCAGUGCACAGGGAAUCUCAGUCGUUGAGCAAAUCUCUGGGAGGGACCACAUUCUAAACCAUUUAAGCAUCCCAGCCGCUUGUUUCACUCAUCCAGAAAUCAGUAUGGUUGGGCUGACAGAGCCACAAGCCAGAGAAAAGGCUGACAACGAAGGAUUUGAGGUAAGUGUUGUUAAGACCAGUUUUAAGGCCAACACAAAAGCUUUGGCAGAAAAUGAAGGCGAUGGAAUUGCUAAGAUGAUCUACAGACCUGACACGGGAGAAAUUCUUGGUGUUCACAUCUUGGGUUUGCACGCUGCUGACCUCAUCCAUGAGGCAUCAAAUGCCAUUGCCCUAGGAACUCGGUUGCAAGAACUUAAGCUUGCUGUCCAUGCACACCCAACAUUAUCCGAAGUGCUCGACGAACUCUUCAAAGCGGCCAAGUUGCAGCCUAAAGACGGGCAGGAGCGUGAGCCAAAUCAUCCACCCCAGCCGCUCUUGAAGGUCCUUAGUUUCAUCACGAGCCUGCUGUCUUCCCCGCAACGAGAUCGGCAACCCUAG